AUGCUGAAUCGGAUUCGCCUAUGUGUUAAUUUGCUGAGUGGUGCUGAGUGGGGACAUCCUUGUGUCAAUCUGUUUAACGGAUGGCGUUACAUUGUUGAGGGUGAAUUUUUUUUGAUGGAGAAGACUGAUAUUAUGGAAAUGGAAACUGAAGGCGUUAUUAGGGGCAGUGAGGUUGGUGUCGGUGAUUGUGUCAAUGUCAUUAAGUUUAGGAGUAAAGUUGAUAUGGAGGAGGAGGAGGGCAAUGAUAUGGAGGGUAUAGAAGACAUAGUUGUUGCAGAUAGUUGUGCUGAGGGUGUUGGUGUAGGUGCAGUUGACAUGAAUGUGAAUGUUAGGUAUUUAUCCCCAGUGAAAACAAUUCAUACGACUCACAUUGUUGUUGGUAGUAAUGAAAUGCGUGUAAUUGUUGAGGAGCAUAAGGAAGGGAUGGUGUUCCGGUCUUGGCACGAGGUUGAAGCCUACUACAAGGAGUAUGCUGAGAACAUGGGGUUUGGAGUGUCAAGGGUUCAAGGCGUAAAUUCUAAGAUGGCGGACAAACAAAGAAUCGCAAACACGUGGAAGUGUGAGUGUUGGGGUAAACCCUACAUGAGGGCUAGGAGGGAAGCGAAUAAGAGGGCAAAGGCAAUGGGUGUUGGAGAUUCAGGUGGUUUAGUUGAUGGGGUGGUAUGUGAGGAUGAGUUAAGUCGUAGGAAGAGGACUUCGAAAAAGUGUGAAUGUGAGGCCCGUGUUUAUGCUAAAGUUAAUGAACAUGGCAUGUGGGUGGUGAAGACUGUGCACUUAGAGGAUAAUCACAAGAUUGAUUCGGCAAAUUCUAAGCUUGUGAAGGAGUACCGCAUGAAGCAAAUGACCUCAAAAGUGAAGAAGAAGUUGAUGGAUUUCUAUGAUCAAGGUGUACCAAUUUCUCAAAUAAACAGUUGCAUGGCAACCGAACAAAACGGUAACAUGGCUCUCACCGUCAAAGAUUUACAACAUGAGGUGUACAAGGCUAGGCGGUUGAAGAUGGUUAAAUGGGACUCGGUGGCAAUGAUGGAGGUAGCUUAUGAGGACUUUGGUGAUGCGGUUUUCUUCGACACAACAUACCUAAUGAAUGAGUACGAGCUCCCAUUUGCGAACUUUGUUGGUGUGAACUACCAUGGGCAAUCGUUGUUGUUGGGAUGUGCUCUUGUUUCACAUGAAGACUGCGAUACUUACCAAGAGUUCAUCAACCCCCUCAAAGAGCUGGUGUAUGAGAGCUUUGACCCCGAGGAGUUUCAUAUCCGAUGGGCAGAGUUUAUAGCUGAGUAUAAGUUGGAGGACAAUGAAUGGCUACAGAGCCUACACAAAGAGAGUUGUAUGUGGGUGCCUACUUACAUGAAAGAGUUUUUUUGGGCUGGUAUGAAGACCACACAAAGGGUGGAGAGCAUCAAUCGGUUUUUCGAUGGCUAUGUUAACCGCAAAACCAAACUACAUGAGUUUCCUCAAAAGUAUUGCAUGGCCUUGGAUCAACGCGUUCGAGAUGAAGUGAGUGCAGAUGAGCGUUGCUCGAAGUACCUUAGGAGGUUGAAGGUUUUGUCUGAAAACCUUAUUCAGUAUUCAGUGGUCGAUCGUGUAUGGAUAAUACCUCCCGGUGCUAGUGAGGAUGUCAUUACAGAUAGGCGAAGAACCUACAAUGUUACUUUGUUUCCAAUUACAAAGGAGGUACAGUGUGACUAUAGGAAGUUUGAGACAAGCGGCAUACUUUGCAAACACUGUAUUAGGAUUCUCGAUGAAAACUUGGUUAAAGAUCUGCCAGAGAAGUACAUUGUAUCCCGUUGGCGGAAGGACAUACCUCGAAAGCAAACUAGGGUGAAGGUGGCCUACCAUGAUCCGGGCGACACGGUUAUUGUGAAGAGAUUCAACAAAAUGAUGGGAAAAUUCGAGCCCUUGUAUGAAACCGCUGCCAUGGUGGAUGAUCAAAUGGUCCAUAUGGUAAUUGAUACACUGUCGAAGCUUCAAUUAGCUGUUAAUCACCAUAGGGACAAGAAGAGUCAAGAGAAUGUUCCUGUAGUUAGUACACUGUCAUCAACAGGUGAAGACAUAACGAUUUCCUCAGAUGCUGAAGAUGGUGUUGGUGUUGAGGAGGAUGCAGGAAAUGGUGUCGAGGAGGAUGCAGGAAAUGGUGUUGAGGAGGAUUCAGGAAAUGGUGUUGAGGAGGAAAUGGUGUUGCGGGAAAUGGUGUUGAGGAGGAUGUAG